AGGAGGUGGUGGGAGAAUUGCAGUGAUUGCCGCAACCUUCAACUCCUUCCGUGGUGACAUGACAUCAGAGGGUGGGGAUGGCAUCAAUUGUGGCGCCUCUGGAACAGUGUACUUAAAGCAGAAUGACAAUGGUGUCCUGAAGCACUCCGUCAUGACAGACAAUGGUGGGAAGACCUGCAGGGGAGUUUACACCAUUGCUGCAUGGAAAGAUUUGUCUGUACCAUUCCACCUGAAUAUUAGAGGGGGAAGCUCUGUGAAAUUCCAGGUUGAAAGCACUCCUAAUCAGCCUUUGCAAAUAAGCUACAUUGAUGGGGACUACACAGGGGUACUUGUGCUACAAGACCAGCAGUAUGCUAGGAUAGCUACAUCAUAUGGAACGCAGCAUGCAUUUGCUCUGAAAUGCAAACUUGAGGCACAGAAGGGCAGCAUGGUGACCCUCCCAUCCAAGCUCUUACUGACAGACUUGUACAGCUCUGACAAUGACUCUGUCAGUUUGAAUGUCUCUGGUCGUGUGUUGGGAUUGUCAGAGCUUGUGGUAGCAAAUGGAGGACAGGCAUUUUUCAGUCUUGAAUCACAGAAUGGCAUUGACUCCUCACGCAUUGGAGCCCCUGGCUCACUUUUGCUGACAUCUGUAUAUGUGACGCAUGGGGGGACCCUGAUGCUGGGUCUGGAUCGUUUGUCACAGUUCUCCUUGCAAGUGCUUCAAGAAUUGGAUGUAGAGUUUGGGGCAAGAUUAUGGGGAGAAUUCUUACCCUUGUUGCACCCUCUGCCAGCAUUGCCUUUGGUGGGGAGGUAACCAGCACAGGACAAGGGCAGCCACCACGUAAAGGUGGUGUGGAUGGAGGAAGUCAUGGUGGCAAUGGGGGAUCCACAUCCUUGCCUGUCUUGCCUGAUACUCUGUUCAAUGUCAGUUCUUCCGGACAAGGGGAAAUAGUCCAGCAGGUAACGAGGAUAGCAAGGGAGGAGGCGGAGGUGGUUUCAUCAGAAUUUCAGUUGACAAUACCUUCACUCUACAUGGUGUCAUCAGCAGCAAUGGUGCGGAAGGAGUGAAUGGAGGCAGUGGUGGUGCAGGUGGUAGUGUUGUCAUUGUGACUGAGAAUUUCCUAGGUGAAGGGCAAGUUCAAGUAGCAGGAGGUGAUGGCGACACUACAAGCACAGCAAACAGUGCUGGCGGCGGUGGUGGUGGCAGAAUAUAUGUGGACAUCAAGAACUACAACAAUUUUACAGGAAGUUACAUCACACAAGGAGGAUCAUCACUGUCACAGGCAGGUGGUGCGGGAACAGCUUUGGUCAGUGAGUUCAGAAUGGGAUUUCUCAACCUGUUUAUCAGUAACACAGGUGCAGAUGGGAGUAGCUUUGCAGAAACAGUCCUUGACCUUGUUCCAGGCACUACAACCUUCACAAACCUCAUCCUGGGUCAAAAUGUGCAGCUGGAAAUUUCCACACCUAAUCUGUACUUAAUUGCUCAAGAGAUCUCAUGUGAGCAAGGCACAACAGUGUUUAUCCAUGAUAAGGUCAUUUUCAGUGCAGACGUCAACAAGAAUGAGACUCGUUUGGCAUGCAGCUUUGAUGUCAGUGAACAAGCAGAGCUGCGGCUGCCAAACACUGUUGAACUGCUGGGAGCUAGGAAUAGAUUUGAUGGUCUUCUCACUAACAUUGGGACAAUGGUGAUUGCACCUUACCAGUAUGCAGAAUUUUCAAGCAAAACCCGAACAGCUCUUUAUCGAAAUGGACAAUACCUUGUUCCUACACAGCCAGGUGCAUACCGAUUUGCUAAAUUCAUUAUCAUGGAUCAUGGCUCUGCCUUGUUUCAGGCCUCAGGUCUCAGGCUGAACUUGGGUACCAUGGAAUUGCAUUAUGGAGCAAUGCUUAAGGCAGAGCGACUGUUGAUGGACAGCAAUGAUGUUCUUCUCAGACCUGGGUCCCAGCUACUUUUGACUGGCACUGGAUAUGGUGCUGGCCAGGGACCUGGCGCUGGAAAGAAUGGCACAACCAUGGGUUCAGGAUCAGGCUAUGGGUCAGAUGGAGGCCAUGCAAUAAAUAGCAGUAUUGUCAUGGUUGGUGGAUCAGCCUAUGGACAAACACGCCGCCUGGACUUGCCUGGAAGUGGGGGAGGCAGUUCUCUUAGUGGAAGAGGUGGCUCUGGAGGAGGUCUUCUCAAUAUCACUGUUAACAAACUGCUUCUUAUUGAGGGAAAAGUGGAGGUGAAUGGAGAGGCAGGUCAGGGGUCAGGUGCUGGAGGUGGCAGUGGAGGUACUGUGCUUAUCAACACACUUGCCAUGCAAGGUCAGGGUUCCAUUUCAGCUAACGGAGGACCAGGAAAUGAAACUGGAGGAGGAGGUGCAGGUGGCCGCAUUGUAAUCACAGUUGGGGAGAGCUCCGGCUUUUUGGGCACAAUUACCGCUUUUGGCUCAGGAGGUGGAGUCAGUUUUCCUCACAUCAGAGCUGGACCAGGCACAGUGUACAUCAAUGACAACAUUCUGAUGGGAGGGUCAUCAAAACACACUCUUCUCGUUAGUGGUGAUCUAGUGGACGGAAGUCAAGAGCAAACUUAUGUUCAGGUCACUGGAUCUGGAGCAAACGAUUUUGAUUAUGAUGUGGUUAAUAUAACAGGCUUUGCUCACAUGAAUUUUGGGACAUCAUCAGAUAGAACAGAGCUGAGAGUAAAACAUCUGCAAGGUGACAAAACUGGCUGGUUGCAUGUUCAAGCAGGUCAGACCCUGCGUGCACAAAUCACAGAAGGUCUUCAGGGUUCCCUCGUCACAUCUGUAAACCUGGAGGUAGCCAUGAAUGCAACUUUGCAUGUGCCACUUAACAUGACCGUAGAUGGAACUUCCCUCAUUCUUGGGGGUCUGGUCACUUUCAACAACUUAAUUCUGGAAGAAAAUGCGGUUUUGCAGCUGAAGAAAUCAUCACAAACUGGGUCUUUUGAACAAGGUUCAUACCGGCCUACAAGCAAACCUGGCUGUUACCUACUGGGGCUGAUUGUUCUUAAGCAUCACGCAGUUUUUGAGCCAGAAGCUGAUCUGUGCCUAGAAGUUGGUCUGUUUGAAAUGAAACGUUAUGUCAGUCUCAAUGCUUCCACGAUGGACGUACGGGCUGGAACAAUUAUCCUUCAGAGACAGGCUCACCUGAAUGUAAAAGGACAGGGCUCUGGCCUGGGCAUCCCCACAACAGCCAAUGGUUCCAACAGCAAUGGUGGUGCCCAUGCAUCAGAAGGAGGAGUUUCUCCACAGCAGGGCACAGACAAUGCAGCAGUUCCAUUUGGUUCCAUCUAUGAACCCCGCAGUCCUGGUGGCUUCAGUGGUGGAAAGGUGGCUGGUGGUGGUGUGGUUUUUCUGCAGGCCGAUGAAAUUGUGCUUGAUGGUGUAGUGGAUGCAAGUGGGGAGAGUUCAGUCACCUCUGGAGGAGGAGGGGCAGGGGGAAGUGUUCUACUGCAAGUGAAAAACAUGCUGAAAGGAUUUGGAACGGUUCAGGCAAAUGGUGGAAAUUCUGCUGGCAAUUAUUCAGGGGGUGGAAGUGGGGGACGCAUUGCUGUAUACACAGGUGAAUCUUUAUUCAGUGGCACGUUCUCUAGUCAUGGUGGAAUUGUGACAUCUAAUAAUGCUGAAAACCAAACUGGUGGUCCUGGUUCCAUCUACCUGAGAACUGGUAGCAGUCAAGAUAAUAUUGUAGAGAGUCUUACUGCAGACAAUACUGGUGGACAGAAGGUGUUCUAUCUGACCUUGGAUGAGACAGCAGAUGACCUAGACUUUGACAUUGUGACCCUGAAAGACUUUGCUAAAUUACAACUCAAACCCAAUGAUGGAAGAAACAAAACACUCAACAUAAGGAAAAUCAUUGGCGAUGGCACUGGGCUGAUACGCAUGCAGAAUGGCCAUCGAGGCACACUUGAACGCUACCGCUAUGGCAACUUAACACACUCAAAACUGGAAAUCAAUCUAGAACUGCACAAUGGUGGGCAGUUUAUAUUGUCCCAGUCAGUGACAAUUCUUGGACUGGCAUCUACAGCCCUUGAUUUAAAUGGAGUCUUGCAAGGAGUCCUCAACAUGGUCAUUGGACCCUUGCGUCGUGUCCGCAUAGGAAAAUUUGCUCAAAUUGUGCCUAUUCAAGUAACAAACUUCAGCAGCCAAGCCAAAGUAACAUUUGCUAGUUUGCAGCUUGAUCCAGGAAGCUCAGUGGACUAUGAUCCAGACACAGGUGCACAGAUGGUAGUAGGAAAGGUGAGUCUCAAAUUUGCCUCUGCCCUACGAGCAGACUUCGUUGAUCUUUCUUGCUCCUUCCUGGAUCUGGAAUUGGAAGCCAUCCUUUCCAGUGCUGCUGCAAGCCGUCCAUUAUCAACCACCAUUGACUCAGAACAAGGCUCUUCUCCAUGCACUUCCACAGUCUGUCCUGGAGCUGGUCAUGGAGGCCAGGGUGGAAUGUCUUCAGGUGGUUCCCAUUAUGGAUCUGUAUAUAGACCCCUUUUACCAGGAAGCAAAUCCAACCCUUCUGGUGGGCAUGGAGGUGGAAAAAUGCACCUGCGUGUUGGUAGCACUCUCAUCAAUGAUGGGGAGAUAUCUGUUAAUGGAAGUUCCAGCACACAUGGUGGUGGAAGUGGUGGCAGCAUCUUGAUUGAGACCUACUUCAUUGAUGGAUAUGGUGUCAUCUCCAGUAUGGGUGGGGGAGGAAAAGGAUCCAGUGGCUCAGGUGCAGCAGGGCGCAUUGCCUUACAUAUAAAGUCAGAGAACACAUUUCAAGGCUCUUUCAUGGCAUACAGUGAGAAAGCAGAUGUUGCUGCAAACACUGGAGCAGCAGGCACUGUGUACAUCAAAGAUGUAGUAAAGAAAUUUGAGCGGCAGAGACUUUUGGUGAACAACCAAGGUGGGCCAGUUAACAGGUUUGCAGUUGUAGAAGAGGGUUCAAAUGUGACAGCAUUCCAGUUUGAUCAGAUGGAAAUCUUACGUCAGGCAUCACUCCAUUUUAUCAGCUCAAGUUCAGUGUCCAUUGAUGUGCGAGUACUGAGUGGGGACCGGACAGGACUGAUUCACAUUCAUGAAAAACAGAAGCUCAUUUCUGAAUAUGAGGAGUCACGACUCAAGGCAUUCACAACUGGCAUGAAUUUUAUUGUGGAUGAAGGAGGGGAGAUAAUUUUCCCAGCUUUUAUGUAUGUUUAUGGUGAUCACGAUCAUGCAGUGCAGUGGUUUGGCCAGCUGACAGGCAUAUCCUUGCUUGUGAUUGGUCAGGACAAGUCUGUACUGUUAGGUGCCAAAGCACAUACUGCUUACAUCCAAAAUGGAACAUACCUGUACAUCAAUUCUAAUGGUAAUCUCACCUUUGGAACCCUGGAUCUGCGAGGCAACUCAACAAUGAAGUGGGAGAAAGAUCUUCCCAUGGUUGCUGAGAUUGGCUUUGUAGAAGUGCGCUAUAAAGCAGCCAUCUUAGCAGAGAGUGUGCAGCUGAGGGUCAGCCGCAUCAAUGUGGAGGCUGGUGCUACUAUCACCACGGCAGCCUUCAACAGAUCAUCAGAUACUUUGGAAUCUUCAGAAGGCGGAGGUGUCAGUGUGACAACCUCGUGCUGCGGUACAGGUGCAGGGCAUGCCAGUCAUGGUGGUGGCAGUUAUAACAGUGACAACAGUCUGUCCACGCCUGGUGGGAAAUACUAUGGUAGUCUCUAUUACCCAAGCCUCAGAGGAAGUAGUGGUGGCGCCAGUGGUGCAGCAGCACCAGGGCAGGGAGGUGGUGUCAUUAGCCUCACUGUGGGAGGUAGAGCAUUUGUUGAUGGCAACAUCAUGGCCGAUGCUUCUUCUGGAACCAUGAAUGCUGGUGGUGGCAGUGGUGGGAGUGUGCUCAUUGUUGCUGACAUCUUUGAAGGCUAUGGGACUGUGUCUGCAAAUGGCGGAGCAGGGUUUGGAGGGGGUUCUGGAGGGAGGAUUGCUGUGCAUACAAAGACUGCCAACCAUUUCAGUGGACAGCUUACUGCCAAAGGAGGAGAAGGUAAGGGUCCUUACCUGGCUCAUGGUGGCCCUGGUUCUGUCUACAUCGAAGAAACUCAGUAUGGUUUUCCCUACAGAAAAUUCUUCCUGGACAAUGAUGAUCAUCACUGGGAUCAAUACUACACCCUGGAUGAAACCCAGAAAAAUGAAUAUUUUUUCCAUGAGUUGCACCUGAAUCAGAAUGCCUCCCUGCAGAUGGUUGCAGGCAAGCCACAGAAUCUAACAGUGGUGAAAGUGAUUGGUGACCGAACUGGCCGCAUCCAUCUCCAUGCAAACCACACAGCACGUGUGGAAGAGGACCAGCCACUGACGAAAAUGCCAAUUAAUCUCUGGGUAGAUCGCUCUGCUCGUGUUUAUCUGUCAACGCUUGUGUACAUUUUUGGCAUUGGACAGAUUGCUUUCAAAUGGGAAGGGGAAGUGAUUGGUGUGAGGCACCUGAGAAUUGUACCUGGCAGAAAUAUUGAGUUUGGUAGCCAGGCACAAACAAGCUUUGUGGAGGAUGGUUCUUAUGUACCAGGGACUCCUGGAUGGUUCCGUUUUGGAAGCUUUGAACUUGGCUUUGGAGCAAACAUUGCUCUUCCUCCUCCUCAAGGGCUGCGUCUAACUGUUGGAUUCCUGGAUGUUAAGUAUAGCGCCAGUUUUACAGCAUACAACAUGACAAUAGAGGCAUCCAACUUCUUCCUUGAACCUCUAGCAAGAAUGAUAAGUACUGCGAUGGUCACUGGUGGCACUGGCCAUCCUUUGCUCAGUGGAGUGGGAGCAGCCCAUGCAGCAGCAGGGGGAGAAAAUGCUAACCAUGAGAACAACACUUGGACAUACGGUUCAUUGUAUGAGCCACAUGAGAGUGGGAGCCAAGGAGGAGGAGCACAAGGAGGUCUUGGCGGAGGAGUUAUGCGAGUGACCGUGGGAUCCAUCCUACAGCUGGACGGCAGCAUGCUUGUCGAUGGUGGUUCUGGCACUGGCAAUGAUGGUGGGGGAGGCAGUGGUGGCUCAGUGUGGAUUACUGUUGGUGACUUGCGUGGUCAUGGACUUGUUAGCUCUGUUGGAGGCAAGGGAAGUGGUAGUGCAGGUGGUGGGAGUGGUGGACGCAUCGCCGUACAUGCUGGCUACUCCAACGACUUCCUGGGGCAGUUAGAGGCCCAUGGAACACCAGGUGGUGGGGACAUGGGAGGUCCAGGCACAGUCUUCUUUGAAGAGCGGCUGACUAAGACUGUGUGGCAGAGUCGCCUGUACAUUGAUGGCCAAGGUCUUAAGAAGCCAAAGCCUAUCAUUCUAUCAGAGAUCAAUCCACGCAUUGCCCGAGAAAAUUUAACCAUAGAAGAUGACAAUGGAGCUCAUGUACACUUUGACCAUCUUUUGCUGAAAAACAGAGCGCAGAUUGAGCUACAGAAGGACAGCUCAACAAUUGCAUCUGCAAACUUCAGAGAUCUGUUUGGAGAUGGCUCUGGCUACAUCAACAUCCAGCCUAAUCAUACAGUCUUUGUGUCUUUCUCCAAGUACAAAUCUAGAACCACAGCCCCUCCAGUCAACUUUCUUCUUGCUUAUGGAGCCACAUUGUGGGCCUCUCCAAAUACCCGGUUAGUUGGUACAGACACCCCAUGCUUCAGAUACGAAGGCCAACUUUCUGGUGUCUACAAUCUGACUUUGGAUGAAUCAAGACAGGUGAACAUUGGACCCAAUGCCACCAACAGCUUAGAAGGCUCAUCAUCAUCGAACUCUUCAAAGGGACGUCUGACUUUUGAUGUGCUCUUGAUGGAAGCAACAACUGUGAUACAGCAUGCCACUCAGUUAAAACUUCAGGCUGAUCAAAUCUUGAUGCACUUUAAUGCCCUCAUUUCUGGUGACCUUUUGGAUAUCAUUGCAUCAGCGGUCACAAUAGAGGGAGGGGCAACACUGAAUAGCAGUGGACGUGGGUUUGAGAAGAACACCGGUCCUGGAGCAGGCAACUUCAUCCUGGGCAGUGGUGGCCAUCAUGGAGGAUAUGGUGGAGGCAUCACAAGUUUGAACAACUCAAAUGGGUCACCUUACAACUCAUUUGUGCAUCCAGCUGAGCCAGGCAGUGGGGAAGGGGGCAGCCAGGGAGGCUCGGGAGGGGGCAUCAUAUUUCUCAGCAUCACAAGUUCCUUACACAAUGAUGGUAUGAUCCUGGCUAAUGGUUAUGAAGCUACAGCAGUCAGCAGUGGAGGAGGCAGUGGAGGAUCCAUCUAUAUAAAUGCUACUAACUUCUCUGGUCAUGGGAGGGUCUCAGUGGAUGGCGGAAAUGCAAGAGAGGGCAGUGGAGGAGGUGGAGGUGGUCGCAUGGCCAUCAAAGUGACGAGACUGAAUGAAUUCAGCGGAGAGACAAGUGCAUACGGAGGUGUGUCUGGCAGUAACACGGACAAAGACUCUGAUUGGAAUGGAGCAGCUGGUACCGUAUUCCUGGAAUAUAUUGAAUACAAGGUUCCUCCAUCAGAGGAGUACUACGAAGGUCGAACAGCCUCCCAGAAACUGUUCCUUGACAACAAAAAUCGCAACCAUGAUCUUCCAACCAUCUUGUUGAAGGAAAUGACAAAGGAAAACAUCACUCUUGAUUUGCUCGAGGCCGUCAACCAUGUUUUCUUGGAAAUGUUUGGUAAGAAUACGGAACUCAUUGUACACAAAUUUGAUGGUGACAGAACAGGCUUAAUGCAUCUUCAAUCAGGGCAAAAACUCUACUCUGAGUAUGUGGCCUCAACCACGGGGUUCACAGUGGCACCUGUCAGCUACAACAUAGACAAGGGGGCUGAAAUCCUCCUGCCAUCCACUGUAGUAAUGCUUGGCACACGGACCCAGCAUGGAGGGUUGAUGACAGGUGUGUACAACCUCACAGUGGCAGAGGGUGCAUCAGUUGUCUUCUACUCUUCAGCUCAGACUGCAGUGCUGGAAGAUGGGCAGUACAGGCACCUGACAAAACCUGGCAACAUCUCCUUUACUUCGCUGACAGUUCAGCGUGGCUCUAUGUGCUACUUAACAAGUGUGGUGGAGUGGAUGAUGCUGAGCAUCACACACCUAGCAGUCAAAUAUGAGGGAAAGGUCUUCAUGAACCGUGGCACCAUAAACUCUGACCGAGGAAUUGUGGAGAGUCUUGGUCUACUGACUUUGGCUGGAGAAGGCUAUUCUGCUGAAACUGGACCUGGAGCAGGUAGAUCAGUGAGUGGUGUGGGAACAGGUGCAGCACAUGGAGGGCAUGGAGGGGCCAGGUAUCCAGCUACAGGAGGUGCAGCAUACGAUUCCGUCUUCCUCCCUGGUGACCUUGGCAGUGGUGGUGGUAAUGGUUCGGGUACAGGUGGCAGUGGUGGAGGGUAUCUGGUGUGGAACAAUGGCAAGCUGCUCAUGAUCGAUGGAGUGGUCACAGUGCGUGGUGGUGACGGUGCAGGGUCAAGUGCUGGUGGAGGUAGUGGCGGGAGCAUUCUCAUAACCACACUCAACCUCACAGGCUAUGGACUGGUAGAUGCAAGUGGUGGAAAUGCUGCAGGCGCCAACAGUGGAGGAGGAGGUGGUGGUCGCAUCGCCAUUCACAUCCAGUUUGCAAACAAGUUUGGAGGUCGCUUGAAGUCAGUGGGUGGCCAAGGACAAGGCGAAGUUCCUUCUGGUGCUGCUGGAACAGCCUACAUAGAAGAGUCAGCCAGAGGGCCUCAGUAUGCUGACAUCAAGUAUGACAAGACAGGAAACACCACCUACACUGUGGCUACACACAGGAGACUGGAAAUUGACAAUGAAGAUUUAGAUGCAGAACUUUACGCUGGGCAUGCAGAACCUUGGUUGUAUUCUGUCAUCCAAGAGGGCACCAAAGAUUGGUACGACUUUGAUGAAACCCUCUUAGCCCGCCACAGCAACUUGAUGAUCGACUAUCCUAUCAGUAAAGAUGAAGUGAGUGUUGCUAUCCAUAAGUUUUAUGGAGACCAGACAGGUCUAGUGCACAUCAGAAGAAACCAGAAACUCUAUGCGGAAGUUGUAGAAUCACAAACCCAUGAACUUGUGGCUCCUUGCAGUUUUAGAAUCGACAAGGAUGCAGAACUUUUAAUGCCUUCCAUUGACCACUUCUUUGGCACUAGAACAGUACUUGCUGGAAGACUGACAGGCUCAGAAAUCGUUUAUCUGAGGAACGGUGCAGAUGUUGUCUUCUUGUCCUCUGCCCAGACAGCACUGAUAGAAAAUGGUACCUACACCAUGCUGACAGAGCCAGGAAACUUCACCUUUGCAGAAAUAAGCAUCAACCGCUACUCACGAGGAGAGUUUUCAGAGAUCACCACCCCACUGAGCAUCACAUCUGCUCUCAUGUAUGUGCGCUACCAGUCUGAGCUUAUCUUUAAUGCAGUUAGCAUCUACACUAGCCAUGCACAAGUCCAGAGUCAGGGGGCGCUGCAUUUGAACGGACGGGGUGAGAAAGCACAGACAGGAAUUGGGGCAGGCCAAUCGACAGGGGAUGGUCUUGGCUGUGGGGCAGCUCAUGGUGGAUAUGGAGGUGGUCCAGGACCUCAGUAUGGAGGCAUACCAUAUGGAUCAGUGUUCCGACCUCUUGAAUUUGGCAGUGGAGGUGGCAAUGGCAGCGGAGAAGGUGGUAGAGGUGGAGGGCGCCUCUACUGGGAAGUGUCUGACAGUGUUGAAGUUGAUGGCCUUCUUGCAGCCUAUGGAGAUCAAGGACAUGGUACAGAUGCUGGCGGAGGAAGUGGUGGAUCGAUUUUCAUCAAAACCACCAACAUCACUGGGCAUGGAGUCGUGAGUGUCAAGGGAGGAGAUGGUCAAGGUCGUGGAGGUGGAGGAUCUGGAGGUCGUAUUGCUGUUCAUUGUCGUUGGAGGUUUCAGUAUGGAGGACUGUUUGAAAACCAUGGAGGAAUUGCCCACGGCACCUGGUCUUCAUCUCAUGCUGGAGCUGCAGGCACUACUUAUUUGGAAGAGAAUAUGCGUGAGUUAGAAUACAGGCACAAGAAAUAUGAUCCUGUCCUGAACACAACUUUCUUGGCCGUGGACCACACACACAUUCAUGCAGACAAUGCUGGGGCAUCCAGCCCAGCCCCCACCAUGCUGAUGGACCCAGGGCGUUUCCUUUAUGAGAUCGAUGAGUUGGAGCUUCUUGGGACUGCCCGACUUCUCAUCUAUCAUGCCAACAUCACUCAGAGAGUGGUUGUCAUUGUCCAUACCUUCAUAGGUGACAAGACUGGUCAGAUCCACCUGCGCUACAAUCAGCAGCUUUAUGCUGAAGUGGUAGAGUCUGUGAUGAACAGAACUGAGGCUCCCUGUGGCUUCAUCAUCGACAACGGAGCAGAGAUUGUUCUUCCUGGGGAGUUCCAUGUUCACGGAACAAAUGGGACUCUUGCUGGAAUGAUUACAGGAGUUCACGAACUGUAUGUUGAGGAUAAGACCUGGCUGCUGUUUGAAUCUACGGGUAACACUGCAUUUCUACAGAAUGGUUCCUAUGUCCGCAUCACACAGCCAGGGAGUUUUGCUUGGGAUACUCUCCAUGUCAAAAAAGGUGGUACGUGCAACUUUGUCAAAAUUGCAGAAGUUGUUCAGAUUGAAGUCAGUGAGAUCCGAGUAAAGUUCUGGGGACAAUUAUUCAUGAAUCAUGCAAAGAUUUUUUCAACAUAUGGAUGGGUCGAAAGCAAAGGAGCAUUUCGGUUGGAUGGUGCCGGACCUGUGGCAGAGACAGGUAUGUCCCCUGGGCUAACAUUCACUAGUGUGGGAUAUGGUGCAGGACAUGGGGGUGAAGGAGGAGGAAGAAACACCACAUUGUUUCCUGCUGCUUAUGGCUCUGUCUACACAGCUACAGACUUUGGCAGUGGAGGUGGAAAUGGGGCAGGCACUGGCGGCUCGGGUGGGGGUGUACUGUACUGGAGUGUCAGUCAUUUCAUCGAGCUGAACGGUCUCCUAGCUGCCCAGGGGUCAAAUGGAAUUGGAUCAAAUGCUGGAGGAGGAAGUGGAGGCAGCAUUUGGAUAGAUACACUCAACAUGACUGGUCACGGAGAAGUCAAGGUGCGAGGUGGAGAUGGUGUAGGACAAGGAGGCGGCGGUGCGGGUGGUCGAGUAUCUAUCCACUGCGAAUACCGUUACUCUUACGGUGGGCGUUUCAACGAUGCAGGUGGCGCUGGUGGCAGUGGUGUUGAAGCUUUCCAUGGAGGGGCUGCAGGCACAACUUAUAUUGAGAACAACUGGAGACCAUUAGAGUAUCGCAUUUUGAAAUACAACAAAGAGACAAACUCGACAUACUUCCAAGUGGAUCACAGGUAUGCCCAUGCUGACAACGAGGGAAGGUGGGUUCAGGCAGCAACAGUAAUGAAGGACUUUGAACGUUCACACUUUGAGCUUGAGGAGCUGGAGAUAAGUGGACGCUCACGUGUCAACUUUUUUAAACAGGCUAACAAGCAAGAAAACACCACAAUGAUAAUAGUUCAUCGUCUUCUAGGGGACAGAACUGGGCAGCUCCAUCUUCUGACUGGGCAGAAAGCUCUAAUAGAAUAUGUGGAGUCCAUCACUAAUGUUACAGAAGCUCCUUGUAGCUACAAUAUUGAUGUUGGAAGCGAAGUUGUGUUUCCAACUGAAGUUCACUUGCAAGGUGUCAACUCCACACUUGAAGGAAAGAUGAGUGGUGUUCAUCACUUGUACAUCGAAGACGAAGCCUUUGUCAAUAUUGAUGCUACAGCAGAAACUGCCUUUCUGGAAAAUGGCUCGUAUGUGGAUGAAUCAGGACAGGGUAAUUUUUCAGUGUACACGCUCAACAUCAAAGGACUUGGUGAGCUCCAGUUUACUCGAAUUUUCCGCAAUCUCACAAUCACAGCCUCAUUUGUAGAGCUGAAAAAUACUGCCAAAGUCUACAUGAACCAUGGAUUUUUUGAAGUGGGUGAUAUGGAGCUCGAGACAGACUCUAUCCUGGAGCUGGAUGGGCGAGGCUACAGUGCUGGUCAAGGUCCUGGAGCAGGAAUAGGCACUAUUGGAGCCAGUUAUGGUGGCAUGGGAGGACAGAACACAAACAGCAACCGUCCUUAUGGGUCUGUCUUCACACCCACUGAUUUAGGCAGCGGAGGAAGCGCUGACAGUGGAGGAGCAGGAGGAGGAUUUGUUAACCUUCGUAUUGGCAGGCAACUUCACAUUGAUGGGAAAAAUCCUGUGCAGAGGCAUUCGGGUAGCAGUGGCACAAACUCUAGUGGGGGCAGUGGUGGCAGCAUCCUUGUUCAAGCCUUCAACUUCUCAGGACAUGGUAUCUUAGAUGUAAGCGGUGGAAAUUCAGCUGGCUCUGGUGGUGGCGGUAGUGGUGGUCGGAUUGCAGCUCACAUUGACUUCAGCAAUGUGUACGGAGGCAGCUAUGUGGCUCGUGGUGGAUCAGGAGCAGGUUCUGCAGCAGGAGGUCCUGGCACAAUCUACAAAUAUGAGUCUAACAGGGGCCCACAGUACCGUGAGCUCAAGUACAACCCCCAUCUCAAUGUUACGGACUUCAAACCAGAGCACAUGAAACUGACUGUUCAAAAUUGGGACUUGGUCACCACCAAUCCUGCUGUUGUCAUGGAGCCCAGCACCUUGUACUACUACUUUGAUGAGGUGCAGGUAGAGGACUACAGUUAUGUCCACUUCUAUCGCUCUGCCGAUGCUGACAAUGUGACAGUGGUUAUUGAAGAGCUUACGGGCAAUAGAAAAGGGAUGAUCAGGAUUCAGAACCUACAGCAUGUGGUGGUCAACUUUGUAGAAUCAACCCACACUUACCUGGGCCCCUGUGGUUUCCAUGUCGACAGUGGGGGAGAGCUCAUCCUCCCAACACAGGUCAUUAUUCUGGCUCAGAAGUUUAUCUUGGGUGGACGCUUGGAAGGAACAGAAAAUUUGAUCUUAGAAAGAAGCUCCCAGACCAUUUUCACAGGCAGCGCACACACUAACCUGCGCUACAGAGAGCAGACAAUGGUGUCUUCAUCACCAGGCAGAGUCUUCUUCUCCACACUCAACAUACACAACAAUGCUCAGCUUCUUGUGCAGAUGAACCCACUAAAUGCCACCAUUACUACCGCUGAGCUGGUGGCCAAGAAAGGAGCUUUGGUGCUGGUGCAGUCCUUGACUUUUACAUUCAACUCCUCAAUCAUGACAGUGCGGAGCGGUGCUCACAUUGACGGUGAUGGAUAUGGCUAUGGUGCAGAUCAGGGCCCUGGAGCAGGGCAAACAAGUGGCAGUUCUGGCAGUGGCGGAGGCCAUGCUGGAGGAGGUGGAAGUGGGUAUGGUGUCAGUGGUGGCGCUGCCUAUGGGGACAUCAUCUGGCCAACCACACCUGGGAGUGGAGGUGGUGGAGCAUCAUUUGGUGGUGAAGGUGGCAGUGCCAUCAUCAUCAAUGUUGGGCAGCACCUGCAGCUUGAUGGGCGUGUGAGUGCCUUGGGUAAGGAUGGCUACCUGGGUGGACUGGACUACCCAGGUGGGGGAGGCAGUGGAGGCAGCAUUCUCAUCCGAGCUAACACCCUGACCGGACGUGGAGCAAUUUCUACCAAUGGUGGUCGUGCUGGGAGGUAUUCUGGAGGUGGCAGUGGUGGUCACAUAGCCAUUCACCUAGCAGAGCACUACAGAUUUGAUGGCAGUGUACAGUCACUGGGAGGAGAUGGUUAUACUUACUUAGGCACCAGAGGGUUUGCUUCUCCUGGCACUGUCUUUAGGCUUUCUCAUGUUGGUGAUGAUAAGAUAGCACAGCUGCUUAUUGAUCACCAGAACUGGGGUGACGCAAGUUGCACCCAUGCUAUCUACCUUGCCUCUUCUGCAGGAGGUUGCAGCCUUGACACUGUUACGCACAGCUUGUGCCAGGGUGGCUCAGGUUGGUUCUUGUUCAUGUGUGGGAGGGAGAAUGGGGUGGAUGGAGGAAAUCAACUCAAAAUACACAGCCUGGUGGGAGACAGAUCAGGAUAUCUGCAGGUCUUUGAUGGGCAGCAUGUGGAUAUUGGCCCAACUGAGAUGAGGUCUCAUGUACAUUCACAAAUCAACAUCACUUCUCUGGGAUCAGCAGCAUUUCCAGCUGUCACUUAUCUUGAGGCUGGGGUCAACAACUAUGGGAUGUAUGGUAUUGACAGAAUGUUUGUACGAGGACAAACUACCCUUACUCCAAGGGCCCACCACAGCUUUUGUGCUCAGCGCACCUCCAACACAACAUACAGUGGCACCUACAGAUUUAUGACAUUGACUGUUCUCAAGUCUGGAUUCCUCACCCUUAGCAGUGACACCUUUACUACAGAAGACACUGUCACUGUUCACACAGACGUGUUUGAGGUACAGAUGUCUCAUGUGCGUGUCAUCCACUCAGGGCAGAUAAACAGCAGAAUAUUUGAGGUAGAGAAAGCAGCUUUGCUGGAAGGCGAUGGCCAGGGAUAUGGCACAGUACAAGGACCUGGUCAAGGCAAGUCUUGUGGGGCAGGGUCAGGAGGAUCAUAUGGUGGGAGAGGUGGACAUGGGCUUAAUACCUGUCCUACUCCUGGUGUUACUUGCCAGAGCAAUGCUUUUGGCAAUGCCUACCUGCCGAUACAUGCUGGAAGUGGUGGCGGUAGCUGCAUUCAUUCUGCUGGAGCACCAGGUGGAGCAGCUGUCAAAGUCAUCUCAAGAGGAGUAUGCAUUGAGGGCACUAUUGAGUCCAAUGGGGCCACAACUUCGGGUGGUGCUGGUGGGGGUGCAGGUGGCGCUGUAUGGCUUGAUGCAGAUGCACUUGAAGGAUGGGGCAAUGUCUAUUCAUCUGGUGGUGCAGGUGCAUCUCAUUGUGGCUGCACAUGUAUUGGUUGCUGUGGCACUCAUUAUGGCGGUGGUGGCAGUGGAGGCAGGAUUCGAACCUAUGGCCAGAAUUACACCAGCAAAGCUUUACUGUAUCGCCGUCAAGCUUCAGGAGGUGCGCCAUCUUACAACAAUCCAGGAGAAGCUGGCACCUUGACAUCAGAUAGCGGCAAUCUUUGCAGUGGCCAUGGCACUUGGAAUGAAUCUUUACAGACCUGUGAGUGCCAGGAUGGCUUCAUUGGUAGUGACUGCCAGUUUCUUUGCAAUGCAUCGUCUUGUGGUGAGCAUGGUGUUUGUACAGAUGUCGGUACAUGCCAGUGUCAGGCUGGUUAUGUAGGUCAAACAUGUCGUGACCAAUGUGACAGGGACACAGACUGUAGCGGACAUGGUGAAUGCUCAGAAUGUGGCCAGUGUGUUUGUGAUCCCUGCUUCCAUGGUCCCGGCUGUUCACAGGAGUGUGGAGGCAGGGGCAAGUGUUAUCUGGGACAAUGCUAUUGCGAUGACUGUCAUGUGGGAGAGUUCUGCACGUCAGAGUGCAGUGGCAAUGGGGAGUGCAGAGUGAAGGAUGACUCCACCAUGGUCUGCGAAUGUGCUGCAGGCUGGACUGGAAGUAAAUGCUCUAUUCCCACCUGUCCAGGGGAAGGUCAAGUGUGUUCUGGACGUGGUUUGUGUGUUUCCAUCACAGGUCGCUGCUUCUGUCAGCCAGGAUGGACAGGUCUAGGGUGCAAUGUCCCUGAAUGUCGGAAUGGCAACUGUAAUGGUCGUGGCUUUUGCAACACUGCCUUUGAUCCCCCACGGUGCACGAACUGCCAGCCAGGUUUUGUGGGCCCUGCAUGUGAUGACCUUUGCAUCUAUGGACACCCAGACUCAGACAACAAGCAGUGUGUAUGUAACACCACUUGUCACCAUGGUGCUGGAUGCAAUGUGCAGUGCUCCUUACAUGGCUCCUGUCAGGCAGAUGGGUCUUGCUUCUGCCCUCCUUUCAGUGGAUGGUCAGGAGACUACUGCGAGAUCCCAGGCUGCCCAAGAAAUCCACAGACAAAGAAGGAAUGCAGUGAUCAUGGUGACUGCAACAGUGAAAAUCAAGAGUGCAACUGUGAGCCUGGAUGGGUAGGAGUAGCUUGUCAAAUCCCAGAUUGUCCUGGUGAACCUGACUGCAACCUGAGAGGAGUGUGCGAUGAAGGUUUUGAUCCUCCAAGAUGUGUCAACUGCUCAGGGCCCUGGAUGGGAGCAGCUUGUGAUGAACCUUGUGUCCAUGGCACCCAGUCACCUCCUAAUUCUGGUGUCUGCCAGUGUGAAGAGGGAUGGGCAGGAGUUGGAUGCAACUCAGAGUGUUCAGAACAUGGAAAAAUUGUGAAUGGAUUUUGUGAGUGUGAUUACAGCACUGGGUGGAAGGGACGUCUUUGUGAUAUCCCUGGCUGUCCUGGACUUUUCAACCUUGACUGCAGUGGAAGAGGUGGAUGUGAGAGCAGUACCCAUACCUGUACUUGUGACCCAGGCUGGACUGGUCUUGGCUGUGAAAUGCCUGACUGUGCUGGUGACCCUGACUGUAACAACAAUGGUGUCUGCAACGCCACAAGCAAUCCGCCACACUGCAGAUGCAAUAAUGGUUGGUUUGGACAUGCUUGUGAUCAGCCUUGUGUCAAAGGACAGCAAGAUCCACCGGGCAGUGACAGAUGUGUUUGUUACCCAGGGUGGGUUGGUAUCAACUGUGAUGUGGAGUGUUCCUUCCAUGGAAAGGUAGAGAAUGAAGUCUGUGAGUGUGAUGUUGGCUGGCGUGGGUCCCUGUGUGACCAGCCUGGAUGUCCAGGGAUAGGGAGAGACUGUACAGGACAUGGUUUGUGCAAUGCUGCUACCCAUGUGUGCAUCUGCCAUCCUGGGUGGACUGGUGAUGGAUGUGAAAUACCAGAUUGUCCAGGUGAACCUGACUGCAGUGGAAGAGGUACCUGUGCAACAGACAAUGACCCUCCUCGAUGUGUAGACUGUCAGCCAGGGUGGAUGGGUCUGGCAUGUGAUGAACUUUGUGUGAACGGCACACAAGUACCUCCUAACAGUGGAAUCUGCCAGUGUCAUCCGUGCUACAUGGGUAAAGGUUGUAACAGUGAGUGCAAUGACCAUGGCACCUGCACUUCUAGCAAUGUCUGCUUGUGUGAUGAGGCAUGGAGAGGGUCAAAGUGUGAAGUCAGAAGCUGCCCUGGAAAAACACGAGACUGCAGUGGCCAUGGGGAGUGCAACAGUGCUCUUCAAAGCUGCCGUUGUAACCCAGGAUGGACAGGACUAGCAUGUGAUAUUCCUGACUGUGCUGGAGGCUGUCUUGGACGAGGUUUCUGUAAUGGAACCGACCGCGAUAUUCCAGAAUGUGAAUGCCUUCCAGGAUGGUAUGGAUAUGACUGCAGCAAGCCAUGUGUCCAUGGUAAACCUACCUCACAGCAAGAUGCAUGUGUGUGUGAUCCUUGCUACACAGGAGCUGGGUGUGAAGAUGAAUGUUCUGGUAGAGGAAAAUGUGUAAAGGGUGCCUGUCAGUGUGACACACCUAAGAAAGGCUAUGCAUGGUUUGGCCCCCUGUGUGAAGACACUGGUUGUCCAGGUGAAGAUGGCAAGUGCAGUGGGCAUGGUACCUGUGACAGAGAAACUUCUUCAUGUUCCUGCAUUCCUGGGUGGCGAGGUGAUGACUGUAAUACCCCAGUUUGCCCUGGACAGCCUGAGUGCUCAGGCCAUGGUCAGUGUGCAGCUGGUGGAGUCUGUGUUUGUGAGACAUCAUAUGCCAGCACAGCAUGCGAGAUUGAAUGUGUGAAUGGAACAAACAAUGGAAAUGGCAUCUGCCAGUGUAAUUUGCCAUGCAUCACGGGACUUCGAUGUGACCACCAGUGCUCGCAUAAUGGUUACUGCAAAUCAGGCAACUGCGAGUGUGACUUCUUCUCUGGCUUCAAGGGGUCACAGUGCGACAUUCAUCGUUGUCCAGGAUGGCCUGAAGACUGUUCUGACCAUGGAACAUGCAAUGAAGCCCUACAUGAGUGUGAGUGUGAACCAGGAUGGACAGGCACUGCAUGUCACAUACCACAGUGCUCAGGCACUCCGCAGUGUAAUGGCGUGAAUGCAACUUGCCGCCUCGAUCCCAGUGAAAAGAAACCACGCUGCUUUGAUUGCGCCUUUCCUUUCAUAGGUGAUGCCUGUGAGCGCAGAUGUGUGCAUGGAAGUCCCAUCAGAUACUUUGAUGGCAGAUGGGAAUGUCUUUGUGACCCAUGCUACAGUGGUGUGAGCUGCGAUGAGGCAUGUUCAAAACGGGGCAUCUGCAAUGUCACCUUGGGAAAAUGUGACUGCGGAUAUGAAGGAGGGCGUGGUGACAAAUGUGAGAGAGAUGGUUGCCCCGGCUGGGGAGAGGACUGCACUGGCCAUGGUGCCUGUAACUCGGCCACUGGUCAGUGCACAUGUGACAGUGGGUGGAGCAGCACUGGCUGCGAUGUCCCUUCCUGCCCACAGAGCUGCAACUACCGUGGCACAUGCUUGGUCCAAGGAAACCAGCCUGUGUGCAAGUGCAGAGCUGGGUACUUUGGUUCUGCCUGUCAGUACAGCUGUGUCAAUGGCACUAUCCAGGACCAGCAGUGUGUCUGCAAUGCUUGUUUCUCUGGACUCUCCUGUGACCGUCUUUGCUCAGGAACCGGACAAUGUACUCAGAAUAAUACCUGUGACUGUGGAUUCAAUGGAGGCAGAGGAAAUUACUGUGAGCUUCCUGGCUGCCCAGGAUAUGGCACAGACUGCACUGGUCGGGGCACCUGUAACCAGGCAACAGGAGAGUGUGUUUGUAUAGAGGGGUGGAAAGGUAAGGGGUGUGAGCUACCAGACUGUAUUGAUGACUGCAACGGACGAGGUCAAUGCGACAGCUCUGUUGACAACCCGGUGUGUCGGAACUGUCAGAUUGGCUGGAUGGGGGUAGCCUGUGAAACACCAUGCAAUGGCACCCAAAAACCAAUGGACAGUGGCAUAUGUGUGUGUGACUCGCUCUGCCAACAUGGAAAAAGCUGUCAGAUGGUUUGCAAUGCCAUUGGUACCUGUGAAAACAACACCUGCAACUGUGCUAGUCAGGAUGGUCUCAACAGGGGCUGGUGGGGUCCUUAUUGUCAAGACAGAAGUUGUCCAGGAGUUGGCAGCAUAUGCAGCUCUCAUGGCACUUGCAUCUCUGCCACUCUGACCUGUGUGUGUGACCCUGGAUGGUUUGGCAUCGGCUGCCACAAACCGGAUUGUCCAGGCACACCUGACUGCAACAGCAGAGGAGAGUGUUUAGCAAGUGGAGAUUACCCAGAAUGCUCCUGCCAGAAGGGUUGGAUGGGGCGAGAAUGCCAGCUUCCUUGUGUGAAUGGAACAGCUCAGAAAAAUUUUACCUGCCAUUGUGACCCUUGUUUCACUGGACCUGGUUGUAACCAGCUGUGUAACAACCAUGGAGCAUGUAACAAUGGAACUUGUACCUGCGAUUCUGGCUGGUGGGGAGCAGAGUGUCAAGAACGAGGUUGUCCCGGUGUUGGCAAGAGCUGUUCAGGACAUGGCUACUGCACUAUUACUGACCAGACCUGCACUUGUGACCGAUACUGGACUGGCAAUGACUGCAACUCACCUGACUGUCCAGGUGAUCCUGUUGACUGCAACGGCAAAGGCAUCUGUGAUGGUACCAACUACUUCCCCCCUCGCUGCAUCAACUGUACAUUGUCUAUGGGUCAGGCUUGUGAGCGGUCCUGUGUGCAUGGCAGGGAAGUUGUUCCUUUCUCUUCUGUCUGCAAGUGUGACCCAUGCUACUCAGAUCCUGGAUGUGAAACUGAAUGCUCAUCUCGCGGCACCUGUCUCAAUGCCACAUGCACUUGUCAGAAUGGCUUCAAGGGAGAACACUGUGAAAAACUGGAUUGUCCAGGGGAACCCGACUGCAGCAAUAGAGGACGCUGCACUCGCCUCGGAAAUGAAUCUGUUUGCGUAUGCAAUGCAGGCUUUACUGGUCAAGACUGCUCCAUUCUUGUGUGUCCUGGAACACCUCCAUGUAGCGGACAUGGUAACUGCACACUGCUGUCUGGGAGCGUAGCACCACAGUGUGUAUGCAAUCAUGGCUUUGACGGGGCCGCCUGUGACACAUGCAGACCCCGUUUUGCUGGCUCUUUAUGUGAUAGAUGUGAGACCAACUACAUUGGCUAUAACACUGACUGCAGCAAGUUGUGCAUCCAUGGGGAUGCUUCUACACUAGGUGGCGAUGUUUGCUUAUGUCAUAAGGACGUAUUAAGGGGCCUAUGGACAGGGGAUAAUUGUGACAGGUGCUUACCAGGAUGGAAGGCCCCAACAUGCUCAGUGUGUGACACAAAUUUUGUUGGAGAUGGCCAUUGUAGCAUUCCUUGCAUGGAGAAUCAAGGUGAGUAUAGAGAAAAGGGAGACAAUCCAAAUCCUCAAGACACAUCCUUCGAACGCCUCCCUCUUCGUCCAGCUUUCCGCUGCUACAGCCUUGACGAAAACAACACAAUAGUAGCAUGGUUUGGCUAUGACAACCGCAACACCUACAAUGUCUACGUGGGAGCAGGACCAGAAAAUAUGCUGGGUGGGAAUAUUACAGAAAUCAAGACUGCAUCUGGCAGCGGUGGGGUUGUGACAAAAUUCCAGCCUGGGCUUGUGCAGUAUGCAAUGUCUGUGAAACUGGCACCAAACAGCAGUGAUGUGUGGUGGUAUGUAGCAUACAGCAAAGCCAACACAUUUGUAAAUGCUUCCUUCAUGCGUAACAUCAGUACAGAAUAUCUGUGUGAACACACCCCUUUCCUGAUGCAGCCAUCCUUCAUUGGCAACUACUCUGGAUACUGCCAUUGUCUUUCUGGAUACUGGGGCCCUAAAUGCGAGAACAUUUGUCCAGGAGGUGCAGGCAAUCCUUGUUACGGCAAUGGAAACUGCAAUCCAGAAACAGGGCAAUGUACAUGCUUUGCUGGUGCCAGACAGGAGUCAAACUGCAGCCAGUGCAGAGAAGGCUGGUUUGGAACAGACUGCAGUGUUGCCAUGCUUGACUAUCCAGUCAGUGGGGAGACACAGAAACAUGUGGCUGCCAGCUACAGUUCAGGCCACUUCCUAACAUUUGAUGGCAGCUUGUACACCUACCAGGGGCCUGGAGAGCAUGUGUUUGUGGAGUUCCUUUUCCCUGGGAGCAGAACAAUAUUUAAAGUUCAUGGAAAACUAGUUAUAGCUGCUGCUAGUGGAUCGGUUCUCUGUCAAGCCAUAGCUGUGGCUAUUGGAAAAGACAUUUUUGAAGUUCAUACCCUGUCAGCCGAUAUUGUUCUUGCAUACAAUGGGCUUCAAAUAUCCAUGCUGUCAUUCCCAGGUUUGUUUGGGCAGAAUGUCAGCUGCAACAUCAUAAGCACAAAACACCUUAGGAUUGUGGGAGGAAGCACACUGACAGUAGACAUUUACAUCAGAGAAACCAGUAUAGAUGUGCAAGUCAGAGCCUCAUUCGAAGUCUGCUCAGCAAGCCGUGGCCUCUUUAGUUCAUGCGGCAGAACUCCAACACCAGUAGAUGACUUUGUCACAAGAAAUGACACUCAGCUGUCUAAUUUCACAGACCCUUACCUGAACCAGAAAGCCAUUCAUGAAAUAUUUGGUCCAUCAUGGCUUGUCACCAAAGCAGACUCCAUCUUUUUAUAUCUUCCAGUUUUGUCCCCUUUAUCUGGACAUGGUCUGAAGUUCAAACAUUCACAUGCAGUCAGCGAUCCACUAAAUUUGUUUUCAACCUCAGAAGCCACAGUUGAAGUAAAGUUCAAGUUGGACUAUCUAUCUCUGUCGGGUGACUGUCAGGCAGUGUGGUCAUACCGUGCCAAACUUGGCUUGGAUAUAACACUGACUGUGUGUGGUAGCAAGGUUGUCCUCUACCAUGGGGUGCAGGAGCACAUCACAUCCAUAACAGUUCAAGUGAACACAUGGUACCACUUGUCUCUGGCCUGGGUGUCCCGACAGCAACUCAUCCAGCUUGUACUUCUGACUGACCGACUUACCAUUUCAUCUGCAAACAUUUACCUGCAGGCUGGUGCUCAGGUCUUCUUAAAUGGCGGGAACCUCAUUCUUGGCAAACGAAGCCUUGUGAGCACAGACGUUACAGGUUUCAACUGGAACUUGCAAGGAGUGAUAGAUGACAUCAGGGUGUGGAAGAUUUCUCUGUCUGUAACAGAAAUCCGUCAAUGGUUUGACUCCUAUUUCAUCACUAAUGUAGCCCUGACAUGCCACUGGAUGUUUGAAGAAGGUGCAGGAAUAUUAUCAGUUGAUAGCAUUGCUGGAAUCGUGAUUUCUUUCCCUCAAGACCCAUGGUGGCAUCCCGCAUGGAUCAACAGCAACUAUCCAUAUGUUAUGCCAUCACUUCUCCAGUACAACAUUUACAGCAACCUGCUCACAGGGUACAGCAAUAAUUCUGUCUCAUUUUGCUCAGCCCAUGUCUUUGUCACAACCAUCACCACUGCCUGUAGCUACCUUGGUUCUUCAGCCUUACAAGCUUUCUACCAGCAGUGUGUUUUCAAUGGGGACGUCUUCCAUUCUCCAGAUGCCACACUGGAGGUCAUUGUAACUUUGGCAGACAUCUGCUACCACUACAGCCAAUUCUCUGAUGCACUUUCUUGGUCGGCCCGCCGUUUUUGCAACGACUUCCCUCAGCGCCACUUCCCAGUGUGGAGGGGCACAUACUGCUCUCAGGAGUGCUAUUCUGGAAUGUGGAGCACCAACACCAGCUCCUGUAGCUGUGAUGACAAUUUCUAUGAUGCUUCUUGCAGUCGUCUAUGUCCAGCUUAUAAAGGGGUUUCAUGCAACAGUGGCCUUUGUUCCGAAAAGGGAAUCUGCAUGUGCUCUCUCAGAACUGACGUCACCACAGACUGCCAACAGUGCAGUAAUGGCUGGAAAGGAUCUGACUGCAGCAUUGCUAUGGUGGACACAACUUUCCAAAGAAAUAACACUCAAGUUUGCAGCUUGUUUGGCUUCUCUCACAUCAUCAUGUUUGAUGGCCAAUCCUAUGAUUUUGACACUGUGGGUGAAUUCAUGCUUGCAGACAUUCCAGAGUUGGGCUGUAUGUGCGCCUGCUACAGUGUCCUGGCAACAGGGCUGUAUGCCUUCGCUCAUUGUGGAUGAUCAGAAGAGGAUAAUCUUACAAUCUCCAUCUCAGACAAUCAAGGCACUGGAUUAACUUUGUGGCGUAAUGGAGAAGCUGCAGUGAAUGACAGCAUGCAGUUGCCUGGGUCUAAUGCAACACUGACGAUGUUCUCACCGACAACUGCUGAAAUUGCUGUAGGACUGUCUCUUAGAGUCAGCAUUACUGUACAAGAUUUUCUCAUGAGCAUCUCUGUUUCUUCCCAUUCUGCCAACUGCAUGUCUGCCAAAGGCCUCUGUGGCAAUUGUGAUCACGAUGUUGACAAUGAUUUCAUAGGAACAGGUCUGAUCAUUCCUUUGGCCCAAGUCAACACAUCAUUCAUCAACACUGAUUUUGCAAGUCAUUGGAGCAUACGCAACUGGCCAACAACAGGAUUUAUCUAUCAGCACAACAAUGGAAUCAAGGAACCCAGAUUUCCAUCACAGGAUGGCUUUUCCCUUCAUUUCAAUGGAUCAGCUGCCUACACUGGUGCCCUCACUGGCAUUUUAGCAACAUCUGAUGUCAGCAUUGAGAUGAAAAUCCAGCCGGUCAACACGACUCAGGGAACUCUCUUUGUCUACUCUACCACUACAACACGCAUUUCUGUUACAGUCAACAACUCCAUGCUAGCUGUGGGAGUUCUUGGAAGGGAUGUUCUGACAUCACUGGUAGUCAAGCCAGGAGUCCUUCAGCACCUGGCUGUUGUCGUCAGCCGCUCGUCCAAGACUAUUUCUGUCUACCUUGUCCUGCCUGGUGCCAACAUACACUCAUACGUUCUUUCCCUCGAAUCUUUCCUUGGUCUUGGCCAAUGGCGGCUUAGUAUUGCGGGAAACAAUGAUGCCUUGUCAACUUACUUUUCAGGACUUGUGGACGAAAUCAGGGUUUGGACAAAACCUUUGACAGUAUAUGAGAUUUUGCAGACCAGCUAUGUGAAGGUGAACAUUACUUACCAAGGCAUCCUGGCUGUCUGGCCCUUGUCAGAAGGUAGAGUCUUUUCUGUGGACAUAGUAUCAGGCAUCAGUCUGUUCUUGCCUCAAAGUGGAGUCACAUGGGUUUACAGCAGUUUCCUGUGGGUGGAUGAAUCCCCCUUACUGUACUAUGCACGCCACACAAACUACCCAGAAACAGAGAUUCCAGCCUGCAACAGACUUAAAAAUGAUUCCAUAAUAGCUCGUGCUUGCCAACCCCUAGGGAGAGCACUGCUGGACUUUGCCUAUAGAGCAUGUGUUGCAGAUGUCGAGGCAUCUCCUACCUCCAUGGUAUAUGCCUCCAACAUGGCGGCUUAUAUCUCCUACUGCAUGUUUGUACUACAGCCUAAAGAUCCACCAACAACCACCAUUUGUCAAAAUAAAAAUGACCCAUUGUACACCUAUCUUUGCCAGGCAGCAUGCAAAUUUGGCACAGUUGAUGAAAGCAGUGGUGGCAUUUGCAAAUGUGAUCCUGGCCGCUGGGGUUUUGACUGUGGAGGCACAUGUCCAGGAGGAGUGUCAAACCCCUGCCACAGUCAUGGAUUCUGCAACACGACAACUGGUGCUUGCACAUGUCAGCCCACCUGGUCUGAAGGAACUGAUUGUGCUACAUGCAAAACUGGCUGGGCAGGGCCUGAUUGUUCGACAUACAAACCAGAUCUUCCUUCUGCUCCUACCAAUAAUUCCAAUGAAACUACAACCAUGAAGGCCUGCACCAUAUUUGGUCUAACUCAUGUCCUUUCUCUUAGUGACACUUCAUUCAGCAUACAGCAGCCUGGAGAGUUUUCUUUCUUAAAAGCUCUGAACUUCAACCUUGACCUACAGACUAGAAUCACAUUUUGCCAGGAAGCAACAUUGUGCGUGUCUGCUAUGGGAGUUAGACUUGGCUCAGACACAAUAGUUAUCCGAGCUGGCUACCGGUCUCAGGAUUUUGCCAAGGUCUGGGUGAAUGGCAACUUGGUGACCUCUCCAAGCCCAGGAGCCUCCUUCUCUGGCCUUUCCAGCAUUGUUCUCACCUGGGAUUCAGCCCAUGAAUACACCAUCAAUGAUGCCAACAAGCUUUUCAACUUGAAAGUUCGGACCAACCAACGUCGUAUCGGACUUACUUUGAGAGCAAACUUGAUGCUGUGUCACAACUCCAGCUCUUGUGGCAUUUGUGGCUACAAUCAGACAGACAUGAGUGUCCCACAGUACAGCUCCUGGCAGGUAUCUGCAGAACUAAGUUUGUUCACUGGACUCUUUGUGAACAGUUUGUAUGGAGAAACAAGUAUAAUUUCCCCUGCUGCCUAUUCCCUUUUGCUGCAGAAUAAUGGCAUCUCUUCAGAAAUUUUGCCCAUGGUGUUUCAACCAAGCCAAGACUUUUCUGUGGCUUUGUUAGUAAACCCCAGGAGUUCAGAAGGUGUGGUGAUGUCCUAUGGAAAAUCAUCUAUCUUUGGAUUAUUCUACGACACCACCAUAAAGCUGAUGGUUGGCAAAGUAACCCAUGAUACAGGACUCAAGCUUAAAAUCAACAGUUGGAAUGAAAUCGUUCUUGUAUACACUGUAGCUCUGUUCCAGUUUGACAUUUACAUCCACAAUGCAGACACUGAAAUCAGUUUUAAACAGAUCUUUAUAUCUGAAAACUUUGUUUUGAGGGGAGUGGUGGGGGAAGUCUUCAUUCCUUCUGUGACAAACUUCACAGGGGAAGUUGAUGAGCUGCGAAUCUGGCAUAAGACCAUUACAUACUCAGAGAUUGAAAGGCAGUGGCAGACAGGUCAUCUCUUUGCAGCUGCAGGAUUGUUUGUCCACUGGAGUUUCAAUGAAGGAGAAGGAGUGGUAGUUGUGGACAUAAUUCAAAAGUACAUAUUUAAUUUCUUUGCUUUUGACUUGACAAAACCACUUCCUCUGUGGCGACUUUCCACUGCAGUUUACACAUAUCCAUUUAUUCCAGCAACACAUGCCUUCCUUGACAAUGAACUGCUCAUCGUUGCAGAGACUAAGUGCCACUCAACUCUAUACAGCGCAUCACUAACAUCUUCAUGUCCAGUUCAACAUCAGACAUUUGUUGAGUUUUAUCUGGCUGUCUGUCUGAGUGACAUAGCAGCUACACAUGAAGUUUCUGCUGCCCUCACUGCAGUGCUGUCCUUCUCAGACCUCUGCGUGGCAAGUAUAAGCUUGGACCGCUGGCCAGCUAGACUACUUUGUAAUCAGUUCAGCAAUUUCCCACGCUUCACUGGCAUCAACUGCACCACCGAAUGUCUCUUCCCAGCAUAUCAAGACAAUGACCUGCAGAAAGAAAUCAACCUUCCGCAAACAUCGAUGGCCAUAUGCCAAUGCCACCCUGCUUUUUGGGGACCUCACUGCCAACAGGUGUGCCCCACUGGUGUUGUCAGUCCCUGUAAUGGCCAUGGCGGAUGCAAUUCCACCAAUGGCAACUGCAUCUGUGAUGUGGGUUGGGGCGGCUCUAACUGUUCCCACUGUGAAGGUGGAUGGCAUGGAUCCGACUGCUCUGUAGCAGUUCAGUCCAUACAGUCUACUACCGAGUUCUGUUCUUUAACAGCAAACAGCCACCUUUUCACCCUGGAUGGUGCAGGGCUGACUUUCAAACAGGAAGGCAUCUUUACAUUCUACCAAGAUGAUACACUAUCAUUUAAAGUUGAAAUCCAAGCAAGACAGUGCCACAAGUUUGGGACUUGCAUCCUAGCAGCUGCAAUGAAGGUACAAACAGACAGUCUUGUCUUUGAUGCUCUUGACUCAGAUCACAUGGUGCUUAAUCAAGAAAGGGUCUCUUUGUCUGCUGACAGAACACUUUCUGGAAGUUUUAAGCUUGUUGCUCUGGACAGAUACACUUUUGAGCUGCAGCAUUCAAGUAAAAUUCAGCUUAGAGUUUCUAUUAGAGAAGCCUAUCUUGACCUUCACAUAACAGUUUCCAAAACCUGUAAAUCCAAGGGUAUAUGUGGCAGAUGUAGUCCCAAAGAAAACCAUGGGUGUGCCACAGAAGAUCAUACAUGCAUUAUUGCUGGUCUUGGAGUCUCCAGGUACUUAAGCUUGUAUCCAGCAGCAUCAUUCAGAGCCAUAGAAAUUUACCUGUCUUCUUGGCAGCAGACUUUUGCAGGCAGUCUCUUUGCAACGGCAUCUGGUCCAGUUUCAGUUUCCAAUCCUGUGGCAGUGGCCAUUUCACUGAGCGGCGGAUACUUGAUCACAGCACCAAUACCAGAUGACAUUCUGAGCACCACAGCCUACUUGACAAUAGAAAUAAGUUUGAAACUCUCACCUGACUUUAAUCUGAGUUCGUCUGUCAUAUGGAGCUAUGCACAAGCCAGAAUCUUUGCUGUCCUUGUUCAGAAUGGAUCUCUAGCAAUAUAUUUCCGUGGCACAGUGACUGUGACCUCACUACAGGUACAGCUUGAUGUGUGGACCAGCCUUGCUGUGGUGUACAACAGAGACAAGGGCAGUGUAACUCUGCACUAUGUUUGGCAAGACAAGGGCAUUGUCAGACAUGUGUAUGACAUUGUGGUGGUGGGGAUUGGAGCAUUCCCUGGCAAUGGAACACUGGCUGUUGGCGUCUGGCAAAUAACAACUGACAAUGUGCCAUACCCAAAAGUAAGUCAGCUCCUUGGCAUAGUCCAAAGAGUGCUUAUUUGGAGGCGCCAUCUAUCACCAAUCAACAUUGCAAACAGCUGGCUUAACAUUCAUUUGACAUCACUUCCUGGACUUGCACUUGGGUGGUUGAUCAACCCUGGUUAUGGAAAUCUCAUCAGUGACAUCGUUAGGUCCCACCGCUUGACAGCUUCCAUCAGUGGCACUACCUGGGUACACAUCUCACUGAGUAUAAAUGUUUAUGUGGCAAUUUCUACAUCAAGAGCAUCACUAGUAUACACAGAGGCUUCCUCAUUCUGCUCCUCUCUUUUCCAAAGUUCAUCUAUUUCUGGCCCUUGUGGCAGCCUGACUGCUUCAGCCAGCUUCUAUUCUGCAGCUUGUGCUCAAGAUAUCGUUUCAGGGCAAAGCCGUGACUGGUCCAUGUCAGCUGUUGUGACCUUUGCCACACAGUGUAAGACAGAGAACAAUCUGGCAACGUGGCCGGCCCAACUUCUGUGCAAUUCUUUCCCAUCUCGACACUUCCCUCUGUGGGUUGGGAAACAGUGCAACUUGCAGUGUGUUUUUGGUCAGUUUGAUGAUCUGACACAAUCCUGCCAGUGUGACAAUGGAUACAUUGGAGAAAAAUGUGACACUAGGUGCCCUGGCUACCAAGGGAAGGACCCUUGUAAUGGACACGGAAAAUGUGAUCAAGACACAGGAAGGUGCUCCUGUAAGCCACAAUGGUCUGGCAACAGUAACUGCAGUGCAUGUGCCCCUGGUUUUCAAGGUAAGGACUGCAGCAUUGUUGAUUCUCAGCCUCCAGAUGAGCCACCAGCACAAGCCACAUGUAGUGCAGCCCAGGGAGUGGACAUUUUCCUCUUUGAUGGCCAUGGCAUUACAGUGCGAGAGCUGAACACCUACUACCUUUUCCAGCUAGAUGCCAUCAGUGUCCAGAUAUCCCUUGCUGCAUGCCCCAUUCCAAUGCAGUCCCAGCUCUGUAUCACCAGUGUUAUGAUCAAACUGCAGAGCACAACAGUCGCUGUGAUCUAUGUAAGGCCAAAAACUGCCACCGUGUCUGUUAAUGGCCAGACUGUUGAUGCCAGCAAAACAAUUUCCAUUCCUGUCAAUGAAUGCCAGGUGACAGUAGCAAAAUCUAACCCAUGGACCUACACCAUCGCUAUCCCUGAGACAGAUUUCGUGAUGAGUGUCAGUAUUGCAAACUCUCUGUCAGUGACUUUUGGCAUUGACUCUAAGCUUUGUUGUAGUCGCACAGCAUCUGGACUUUGUGGAAACUGCAGCUGUGCCUUGUCUUCCAAUGUCUUUCCCUGUGGCCUUCAAGUCCCAGUUGCUGCACCUCCAGCAGAUGAGAACAGAUUGACUGUUGGCCCAGAUGAUGAUCAAAAUACAAUUAACUCAAAAGUUCAAAACACUGUGGUGCCCCACAAUGAGAGCAGUGUAGAUGGAGGCACUGGCACACCACUAUACAAAAAUGGCAUGGGACCUGGAAAAAUGAUCAAGUUUGAUGAUUCAUCAGCGAUUACUGCACCACUUGAUCACAUUCAGUUCUUGCAAAGCAUUGAGUUUCUGAUCAAGACCUGUCCAGAAACAGCAUGCAGAGGUGUGAUUCUUUCCUAUGCCACAAAGAGAUCCUUCACUAUUCGACAUGGUUCAUCCAUUAUCGUCUCCUACAGUGGCAACCGCAUAGACACAGGACUAACUUUCAGCAACAAUACCUGGCAUAUGUUGACCCUGACCUAUUCCCCAGGAGACCAGAUACUAAGCGUUUAUUUGGCCAGAGGAAAGGAUAACAUUCUUCGCAAAGAUCUGCCUUUGGAUAGUGAAGCACUUCAGGGUGGUGGGCAACUGUCCCUAGGAAAAUGGGUGCCAAGUCUGGAAAGUGACCGGGAACAGCCAAGAGAGGGCUUUAGGGGCAGCCUGGAUGAGUUCCGCAUCUGGAGCAGGUACAUUGAUAACACUGAGGUUGCUGAACACUGGAAUGUGAACUACCUAGGCACUGAAAAUGGACUUUCUUACCUGUGGAAAUUUGACGACAUCCAACAACAGACAGAAACCAAAUCAGUUCUGGAUAGGGUUCGUGGUCAUCCACUGCUCCUGCCAGAUCCUCCAUUCCCUGCUGCAGAAUUAGUGUUCUCAGAUGCUCCCAUACCCUACUUAACUUCCAAGACAAAUAUCACAUUGCCAGUUUCGGGAAAGAGCAGCUCAUCACGAAAAAAACGACAGACAGUGGUCAUCAGCAUGGACCAGGCACAGUACCAGCAGUGUGAAGAUGUCUUUGUCAACAGUCAGUUUGGCAGGGAUUGCAAGAAUGCCAGCAGCUCUGUGCAGACACAGUACCUGUUCCAGUGCUAUUCAGCCAUGCAGCAGUCAGGUGGAAAUCUUGCUGCAAUGGAAGAUGCGAUACUAGGCUAUGCCUCCUACUGCCAACAAAUCAUGAAGCUAACUUGGUGGCCUGCCCAGUCAUUGUGCACUGAUGCUCCACAGGUUGCUUCAGUCACUGCUGUACAAAGUCUGUGCGGCGUGCCCUGCUACUUUGGAACAAAAUCAACCGCAACCCCUGACACCUGUGUGUGCCAGUAUGGUUACUGGGGAUCGGCUUGUGACCAGGCAUGUCCAGGAGGGGCCGAAAACCCUUGCUCUGGCCUUGCUACCUGCCAACAGCAGACAGGAAGUUGCCCUUGCCCCAUCAACAGACAAGGAGCUGCCUGCAUGGCCUGCACAGCUGGAUGGCUUUACAAAGACUGCAAUAUUUCAGAGCUACACACUUCUGUAACCACUGUCAGUACUGUACCAGUAUGGCUUCAGCCACUUGGACAUGUUGUAAAUGCCGAUGGGUUAGGCUUUUAUGUGUCUGAACCGGACAUUUACACUUUGCUGGCCCUCGGAGACAGAGUAGUGGUGCAGGGGAAGUUGGUAAGGUGCUUUCAAAAUUUCACUUGCAUGACCUUCAUGUCUGUUCUGGUUGGCAACUCAUCACAUGGCCAUGCUAGAAUCACUAUUCAUGCAUCAACAAAACCCGACGGAAACCUGAAGUGUACAUUGGACUCCACCUAUACAGCACUGGACACUGAUGUGUUUUUCUAUGGAUGCAAUCUUUCACGCAAAUCUCUCACAGAAGUUGUUGUCAGGAUAACAGACAUUGAAAUCCUCAUAAGCACUUCAGGAAUCUACCUGACUACAUCUAUUACCAUGGCAACAAGCUUACUCCCUUACACCCUUGGUCUCUUGAGUGGUUCUGGGUCGCCAGAUGCAUCCCAGAAACUUGUGCACUUGACAUCAAUCCAUAACACAGUCUCUCUUGAUUUCUGCCGUGGAGGAGUGACACAGCAAGCGGCACAAACUUCACCUUCUGGAACAGGACUUUUCACAGGUUUGUCAAUGGCAACACCAGUGCUAACUAACGGCACCUUCAAUCUAUCAUCUUACAGCACCCCUGAAUGUGAUGUCUUCAUACAUUUCCCUUCCUUGCCUCACAGAAUUCAACGUAAUAGUGGGUACAGCUUGCACCUCAACAACUCAGCAGCCUAUACCAAUUUCUCACUGGCAGACACAAACUUGAAUGUGUCCAUUGAAUUCACAGUACGAAUGCUUCAUCUGGAAAAUAAGCGUCAGGCAAUGUUAGCAUUCACAAAUGACAAUGUUUUCCUUGUUUCACUGAUAAAUGCAACAGUUUAUGUUGAAGCUACAAUGCCAUCUGCAAUGGGUGUUGAAAUUGCCAUCAGAGACACAAACAUUCAACUGGAACUUGGCCAGUGGAACAAGAUUAUCUUGACCUACAAUGGUGUCACAGCAGAGCUUACACUUUUCCACUUCAACAGCUCUGCUUGGCUAGAACGACGAGACUUCGUCAUUGUGCCAAGAAUCUUCUCCGCGCCAGGUGUGCUUUCCCUAGGAAGCUGGCAGCCACCCCAAGAUGGGAAGCCCCACCCACGCAUCUACCCAUUUUCUGGAGAGGUGGAGAACUUUCUCAUCUGGGAGCAGGUUAUUGAGCCAAACCUGGUGCUAGAUCUCUGGUUGAUGGACCCUGCCAUUGCCCGCUCUGCACUUCACUUUUCCUGGACCUUUGACGAAGGACAAGGCUUGACCUCUGUUGAUACCAUCAAAAAGGAGACAAUUGAUCUGCCAACACCACCUUUGCUGUCACCAGCGUGGCUUGUUUCUGACUUGACCUACACAAUGACAAGAACGAGCGAAGAUGUGUUACAGACAGUUCUUGGUGCAGAUUUAAAUAAGAUUGCUUUGAAUACAGAUUCAUGCAAAGUUUUCAUCAAAGAUCAGUCUUUGGCAGGCUGUGCAACCAUCAGUCAAGCAACAAAAGACGACCUAUAUGCUCUUUGCUCUUAUGCCAUGAACAUCAUUGAUUAUAGACAAGCUGCUCUUAGUGUCAUUUUCAGCUACUUGUCCAUGUGCACAAACUCUGUUUCACCAUCACCAACACUUGUGCAUGCAGUCUGUUCUGCUGAAGUUCAGUGGCAGGAAACUGCAAUCUGCUCUCCUGGCUGCGUGUUUGGAACAUCAGUCACAACCUCCCAGGCAGUAAACAGUAGCCAGUGUUCAUGUGCACAAGGUUACUAUGGUGCAUCAUGCCAGUUGACUUGUCCAGGAGGAUCUAAUUCUCCCUGUAACAAUCAAGGAUCAUGCCAAGCAGAUGGAACUUGUAUCUGCAGCUCCAACUGGAAUGGCUCUGCAGCCUGUGAGAGCUGCACCUCUAACUACACUCUGGAGCAGAUUGUUCAAUACACCUGCUUAGCUCCAUUACAAGUAACUGGCUAUGACAUCUUGUUCUACUCAUCUUUAUACACUGGCACUGUCUCCACAGCAGCAGGAUUUUCUCUGUCAUUCAACGGAACUUCUGGCUGGUCAGGACCCAUCAUUACAAAUACUGAAACUAAUGAACUUACUGACUUUACUAUCAGUGUGCACAUAAAACCACUGGACUAUGGAGGGGUCAUAGUUUCUUUUGGAAAGAACACAUCAUUUUCCAUCAUCAACAGCCUUCCCAUGAAAGUGAAAUGUGGAAGAACAGAGCUUGUAGUAGGCCUUGUGACCCUGAAUGUCUGGAACCAGCUAAUUAUAACAUUUCUGAAAGGGGAAGAAACUUACACAUCUUCCUUUACAACCAGAAUACCACAAUUCAGCACCAAGCCUUUUCCCAGCAGUGUUCACACAGCAUUGAAUGGUGCUCUGAUGUCUGUUGGUGAGCUAGUGCCCUCCCCUGAGGACCCAGUGCACACCCUGAGUGAGAUGUUUGCUGGUGAAGUUGAUGAGCUGGUGGUGUGGUCCAAUCCCAUCCCUACAGCUGUGAUUUACCAGGUAUACGACAUGGAUGUUGAUGGGACAGCUUUCCGCACUCUUCUUUCUGUUCUUCUGAAAAUGAAUGAAGGGCUUGGCACCACAGCACACGACAUUCUCCCGCAGGCAAAUAAUGUUUUUCUCCCACCAUCUCCAUGGCCAGCCCCUGUGUGGACUCUGUCCGACCUGCAGCUUCAUCCUCUACUUCCAUCGCUUUCAGUGGGUGCAUUUACAAUCACAAACCCUACCAAUGUCUACAUUUGUGAUGCAUUCUUCCAGGCAGCUGCAGUUGCAAGAACUUGUUCUUCAGAAAUUGCCUUCUGGUACAGAGCCAAGUGUUUUGCACUUUCAUCGGAGGCAGACUAUGCAGAAGGCAGCCUAAUUGCAAUAGCUUCCUACAUGAACCUCUGUAGCUUGAGCAACAUGGACAUGACACGACUGACUGAUGUAGUCUGUUCUUUAAAUAUGUCAACACCAAUGUGGCUGCGUCAGCAGUGUGUUGGAUGCAAGUUUGGAGCAGUUGCAAAUAUGUCUUUUGGUUAUUCUUAUUUAAAUGGAACUUGCAGCUGUCUGCAAGGCUUCUGGGGCAACAAAUGCCAAAAUGAGUGUCCAGGAGGAAGCCAGAAUCCUUGCAGUGGACACGGAAAGUGCGCAGAGGAUGGAACUUGCUGGUGUGACCGCCACUGGUCAGGCAUUAACUGUUCCUCCUGUGCUCUGGGCUGGGAGGGAGAAGACUGCAUCAUCAACAAAGCAGCCAACCCAUCCUCCGUAACACAGACUGUCUUUGCUCAGGUUUCUGCUCAGGGUCAGGUGAUUACUUUUGAUGGUGUUUCCUUUGAUAUUUUGAGCUAUGGCCUGUUUUACUUACUUAUAAAUGCCAAUGCAAAACUGUCUGUUGCGGUCCAGAUUGUUACAUGUGACACCCAACUGCUCUCUUCCCACUGCCCUGCAUCAAUGAUCAUUGAGACAGAAAGCUCAAAGACUAAAACUGAGCUACAACUCAGGAGUCAUGGUUCGCUCUCUUCACUUCCUUUCCUUCACAUAUCCAUAGAGUUUCACGUGAAGCUGGAAACCAGAGCAGGCACCUUGAUGUCCUACAUGACUGCCUUGAACAACUAUGUUGUGUUUGCUUGCACCAGUACUGGCAUUGUCCUCAUUACACAGGAUGGUAUCUUCCCAACUGGACUUCAGAUUUCCACCCACCAGUGGGUGCAGGUUGUAAUUAUGCAAAAUUCUGCUCUAGGCACAGUGGAAGUGUAUGUGGUGCCCCCAUCAGGUGCAGUAUCUCUUAAGUCUGUUACAGUACACUCAAAUGUGUUUGUCAGUGGUGGGAUUUUAACAUUUGGGCAAAUACCACCAGAGCUGUCAAUAUCAGUUGAUGUUGGGGUAUUUCAAGGUUUGCUGGAUGAAGUGAGGGUUUGGUCUCGUCCAACCAAUCCCAGUAUUGUGGAAAAGACUUGGAGAAUGUCAGUUACGGACAGAACACCUGAUGUCCAUCUUCACUGGCCACUGAAUGAUGCUGCAGGAAUGGCAGCCUCUGAACGAAGGCUUGCAAAGACAAUGUAUGCUAUUGAUGUCCAGAACCCCCAACGUGGGUUGUUUCAGACCACUCUUACACCUAUUGCCACGCCUGGUUUUGAUGAGCUUGCUCAGCGAGACCAGCAAGACUUGUUUCCACAAUCUGUCUUCACUGAACCAAUGAUGAAUGCUUCUAGAUUUGCAGAGUCUCAAAGCACAUGUGCUGAACUUUUCACCAGUUUUGAAAAUACCUCUACAUGCGAUGGAGUGUUCCAGAACCUGCCAAGCAUGAAACAGUUGUGUGUUAACAUGGUGUACUCCACCCAAGACACCCAGAGUGCAGAGUUACUUAUUCUGUCUCUUGCUGAUUAUUGUGAGAAAACUAAAGGACUUUCAGCAUCACCAAUUCAGCAGCAGUGCAACAGCCUGCCUCAUCUAGGGUCUAUCUUGCCUUACCAUGGAGCAAACUGCACCCUCCUCUGCAUUUUUGGAAAGUUCUUGGAUGGAACUUCUUGCCAGUGCUUUGAGGGACACUGGGGUAGCUCUUGCAGUAACCUCUGUCCUUUCGGACCAUAUGGAGUGUGCAAUGCAAAUGGCAUCUGUAAAAGGGAUAGAGGACUGUGCACCUGCUCGUCACAAUGGCAGCAGUCAGCUUUGACAACACAGGAGUUCUGGACGGGAAAGGCAACAACAGAGCUCACAUAUGCCUGCACAGCUUGCACCAAACACUGGACAGGGGCAGACUGCAGCUACACAGUUCAAGUGCUGAAACAGUCUGUCACAUGGAGGGCCUCUCUGAUCUUUGGCAGCUACAUCACAACUUUUGAUGGUGCCAGUCUAAGUCUAGUAUCACCAGGAGCCUACCUGCUUCUCUCUGUGGAAAGGACAGUAGCAAAGAUUUUAUUUUUGCCUUGUCCUGGCAGUCGUCAGUGCCGGCUUAUCUCUCGCUUUUCAAUAAAAGUAGAUGAUGUCCUUUUACUCAUGUCAGUCUCCAAGACAAACUGGCUUGGAUUUACUGUGACAGUUCGCCAACAAGGUAGCUAUGAAAAAAUCACCUUCCCAAGUACAAAGAACUAUGAACGGAUGGACCUCAAAUGGCGAGUGGAAAGUUAUCUUAGAAUAUUGGUGGAUGGAAAACUCAGCAUCCUUAUCAGCAGCAGCGCCAGUGGCCUGAGUAUUGGUGCCAAGGUACACCAAGAUUGGUUUGGAAGAAUCCGUGGACUGCUGGGACAGGCAGAUGGCAACCACAUCAACGACCUUCAUUCCACUGCUACAUCUGACUCGGACCUGACUGCAGAAGAAAUAAACACACACCUGCACAAGAAUUUCAUGCUCAGUGACCUCGCUGAAGCUGAAGAUUUGUUGGAUGCUGUUGCGGGACAGAAUCUGACCACCUGUGGCCACAUGUUACAGCUGACAAACCAUAGCGUGCUUUUCACCAACUUAAAUGUCAUGAUAGUGACCCAGCAGUUGACCAUAACAUUCUGGCUCCACACUUACUCCUCAGUAAUCUCUGCAGAUAUAUUCCAAUUGAAAACAUCAUUGGGAUUGGUCACAGUGAAGGUUCACAUGGCUGAAAUCAUCAUUACGUGGCUGCAGACAUCAGUGAUUGUGUUACGUCCCCCACACACCACACUGUGGACACAUCUUGCUUUGUCCUGGGAUGGAAACAAAGGCAUUCUGAUGGUCUUUGCCAUUCAAGAAUAUGGUAUUGACUAUUCCACUGCAGCAACCAUCAGCCUUGGAGGAGCAGACUUCCACAUCAUUGGCAUGUCUCUCCUGGGACCACAGUCCACUUCAGCAGUGGAGAUUGACUUGGUUAGGAUCUGGCAGGUGGCCAAGUCUUUAGAUUCCAUAGCAGUGGACAUGAAAUCUUACAUGCCAAGCCAAGUUGUAGAUUCCGCAGUUGUCUGCCCCUACUCUUUUACUUUAGCUACCUUUGACGAGGGUGAAGGACUUAGUACCAACUUGUCUAUUCAUGGCAGUGGCAGCAGCAUUCUACCCUUACCCUCCAUAAUCAAGGGUCAGAUCACAGAUAGUCCACAGCUGUCAUCAGAAGCUCAAAGCAUCUGGGCACCAUCAACGAUUCCCGUGUUUGACGUCAUUCUUCCUCAUGAUCUGCCCUACUCACCAGACACAAGUUCUUCAGCCAAACUUUGCCUUAGCAGCAUAACAGAGGUGAAGCUUGUGCAGUACUGUUCAGAGCUGGAUGCCUUCUUUAGUCAGUAUUUGGAGGCUUGCAUUCGGGAACAUCAGCGCACUCAGAAUGUAAACAUCUCUCUCAUGAUAGCCAACUUGUUUGCCUUCUACUGUCAGACAACAAAUGAAGUUGAUGAGUGUGAGCUUGAUGGUUAUGUGGAUUUUUGUGCACCAGUUGAUAAUGUGUUUCCUGUUUGGAUUGUAAUAGUAAUUUGCAUUGCUGUGCUGGUCAUAAUUUGCAUCUGCUGCUGUUGUGUCGUCUUCAUUGUGAAGAAGAAGAAGAAAAACCAGAGCCGUACGCCAUGUGAGACAUCAUUUCGAGAAAUGAAUUCGGAGGAUGAAACAGCAUUUGAUAGAGGUAGUGAGAAUGUCAUUGACUUUGAAAAUUUAACAUAUGGUCGUCCAGAAAACAAGUUUUAUGGGGGAGCCAGACAAGCAUCUGAUGGCUUUGAAGAACAUUCUUUGGGAGGUGCAGGUGGAAGACAUACUCAAAGUAACCAGGACAUGUCAAGCAGCGAAGAUAAAAACAGGCAUGUAGAUAUGUUUAAGGCUGGUCAUCAAUCCAGGCAUGUGACUGAUCCUCAGAGGCCACACAGUGGUCAAAGCUUCAAGGACCAACCCCAUGUUGAGGCCUGGUCAGAACCAAAGAAGAAACAAAAGGGCAAGAAAAAGAAGCAGUCUGCAGCCGUCAGUGAUUAUCCAGCAAGAUCGCCAGAGAAACCUCUUGGGUUUUACACUUUCUGUGAUAGGAAAGAUGAUGUCCAGGCAGAUGUCUCUUUACCUGCAGCAACUGCUGCUCCUCAUGACACAAGACUUGAUAGGUUCACGUUCAAUGAGCUGGGCCAUCAGAUGCAAACCCGUAACACUUCUGCAUAUGGUGCAUCAGGAGGUCACACACAGAAGAUUGUCCUGGAUGAGCUGGAGAUAGAAUCUUCUCCACCCAUUGUUUUCAUGCAUGAUGAUGAUGGCAGCCGGCCCUCAAGCAGCAGCUAUGGGCUCAACGUUCGAAGACCAAGCACAAAAGCUUCCUCUGAACAUAUCAACCUUGCCUUCCGACAUGAUGAUGAUUAGAUGCUUAGCUUGGGUAGGAUGUGGAGGAAAAAAAAGAAAAAAA